UAGCUGCUCGCCUUACACAAUAACGUUGCCGGAAAACCGCUUUUCCGCUGCUGAACCGGUGUUAAAACCUAUGGUGUUGUUAAAAUGUUAUAGUGUUUAGGUGUUACCACUGUUUCCUUUCAAGUGUAAGUGUUAAGUGUUUGCAUGUGUGAUACCGAUGUUGUGGGAAGUACGCGGGACGAUGGCCCUGAUUCGCCGGGAAGCACGGAUCAAUUAACGAAAUGCGCGAACAAAGACUGCGAUCUGGACUACGUGGCUGUAGGUAGCCGGCUGCGGGGCGCCAUGGGCACCCGCCCCCCGGCGCGAUUCUGGCCCCAACUGUGGGCCACCGUCGUGAGGAACCUGCUCCUCAAGAAGCGGGACACUAGGAAAACCCUCGCUGAGGUUCUUGUCCCACUAUACUCUUUGGGGGUGCUGAUCUUCCUCAAGAUGCUGGUGCCCAACCCCAACUUCCCCGAGGUCAGGAAACCAGGGAGGAUGUACCACAUCCACCACGACGCCUUCCCUGAGAACCACUCCGUCGCUGUGGUGGCUGACUGGCAGAACGCCAAUGGCACUGUUAGCUUCCUAGAAGAGAUCAACGCUCUACUCAUGGAGUCUCGCCACCACGCCAUCAACUGGAUCCGCUAUAACGACACCAUAGAGCUGAAUGAUGCAUACCACAACGACACCAGAAACUUUCCCAUCGCAAUCAUCUUCCAUUCCGACCCAACGGCUUAUGGGGAGCCUCUGCGUUACACAAUCAGAACUAACCCAUCCCACGCUGGCACCCCGUCCACAAGAACCUUAACCACGUCACCAGCCAAAUGCAGAGAAAGAACUGGAGUGAAAGACUGGUCUUCCGACUGGUCCAGGGGGGGGCAACUCAUACCCUUGUCAGAGAUGCAUAGAGAAGACGCUUGUCCAGUGUUGCAAUAUUAUUAUUCAGGAUUCCUGGCGCUGCAGAUGCUGGUGGAUUAUGUAAAGAUCAAGCUGGACUCCGGCCGAGCGUUUCCACCCCCCGACAUCCAACUCCUCCAGUUCCCCAAACGCCAACACACUGGUGAUUGGCUGGUCAUCUUCAGGGUCAUCAUGCCCAUGUACAUGGUGAUGACGUUGUCGCAGUUCAUCACCUAUUUGUUGAUGUUCGUCGUUGGCGAGAAGGAGAACAAGAUCAGGGAGGGUAUGAGGAUUAUGGGGCUGAAGGAUUCUGUUUACUGGGGUUCCUGGUUUCUCAUCUACGCUGUGUUCGUCACUAUUCUGUCUUUAGUGAGCACCGUACUGUUAUUUACAUUGAAAGUAUUCCAGCACUCCUCCUACGUGCUCAUCUUCCUCCUGAUGCUUCUCUUCGGAUUCACCAUCAUCACCUUCGCUUUUAUGCUGACGCCCUUCUUCGACCGAGCGCGGACGGCUGGUAUCUUGGGCAGCUUCGCCGUGAACCUGAUGAGUGGGCUGUACUUCAUUCAGGUCUUCGUGUCGAAUGCCGACUCCCUUGCUUUUUGGUUUGUCUCCCUCAUCAGCUCGAGUUGUUACGCGCUCGCCAUGGACAAGGCUCUGGUCCUGGACAUGGCCGGCGUGGGGGUGACCUGGGAGAACCUCUGGAGCGGACCCGGGGUCCCAUUCGGGGGCAGCCUCAUCAUGAUGGCGGUGGACACCGUGCUGUACGCGCUGGUGGCGUACUGGCUGGACGCGGUGAUACCCAGUGAGUACGGCAUAAAACAGAAGCCCUGGUUCUGUCUGCUGCCUUCCUUCUGGCUGGGCAGCCGCCGCGGCAGAGUUUCAGCUAUACACUUCCACUCCAAUGGAGAAGCCGCCCAUAACAAGGAUGUCGAGCCAGUACCCAGGGAACUCCAAGACAAAGAAGCCAUCAGAAUAGUCGGUCUCCAGAAGAGUUUCCGUCACUGUCGCAAGCCGGAGAUUAAAGCUAUCGACGGCAUAGACCUGAGCAUCUACGAGGGCCAGAUCACAGCCGUCCUGGGGCACAAUGGAGCGGGGAAGUCUACGUUGUUCAACAUCCUGACUGGCCUCACGUCUCCUACUGCUGGAACGGCUUAUGUGUAUGGGUUGGAUGUUAGGGAUCCUAAUGACAUGCACGAGAUCAGGCAGAUGAUCGGGGUGUGUCCGCAACAGGACGUGCUGUUUGACCUCCUGUCUGUGAAGGAACACCUUCAGUUCUUCGCCGCUGUGAAGGGUAUACCUCGCAAACGGGUACCUGACGAGAUCCACAAGUCGUUAUCUGACGUGGGUCUACUGGACCAGGCUGGGGUAUUCGCCAAGCAUCUGUCAGGGGGUCAGAAGAGGAAGCUUAGUAUAGCCAUCGCGUUUAUUGGAGAUCCUAAGAUAAUAAUUCUGGAUGAGCCGACGGCUGGUGUAGAUCCAGUAUCCAGGAGACAGACGUGGAGGAUACUGCAGAGGGCCAAGCGAGGGAAGGUGUUACUCCUCACUACACAUUUCAUGGACGAAGCCGACAUACUGGGCGAUAGGAAGGCUGUUAUAAGUAAAGGAAGGGUCCGCUGCGCCGGCACCUCCCUGUUCCUGAAGAACAAGUUCGGCAUCGGCUACCACCUGACGCUGGUGCUGGAGGGCGCCUGCCGGGAGCACCAGAUCACCCGCCUGGUGCGAGGCCACGUGCCCCGCGCCGAGAAAGCCAGGCGCCAUGGCAGGGAGCUGUCGUACAUCCUCCCUCAUUACGCCGUCCAUUUAUUCCCGCCGCUGUUUCAUGCUAUUGAGCACGAAAUCAAGGAGAAGACCAGUAGACUUGGGAUAACGAGUUACGGCGUCUCAAUGACAACUCUAGAAGAAGUAUUCCUGAGUCUCGAAGGGGAGAACGCUGAAGAGACGGAGGCGGUGGAGGGAGUGUCAUCAGUGAAGCUAGUUAGGGCUCGGGCGCUGUCCAGGAGUUUGUCUUUGCAGAGCAAGUCUUUGAGCUAUCAGGAGUUGAAUGACAAGGAUGGACAAAAGGCGACCUCACUGCCGACCCAGGCUUCACACGCGUUACAUUCCACCACUCAUGGGGUAGAGCAUGUUAAGGUGACACCCGAAAUGCCAGUGUCAGUAGACGCCCUCAGCGACGUGGUGAAGACCAGCCCGUCUUGUUGGCGGACGUUCUGCGCGCUGGUCUACAUCAGGACCGUCAGGAUGAUACGGGACCCUUACAAGCUGUACGUCAUGAUCUUCAUGCCUAUCAUAUCCUGCGCCCUCGGCCUCUACAUGAAAUCGCGACAGAUCGUGUUCUUCCGCACGCAACCGCUCAAACUAGACCCUAACGCGUACUUCAACAAGACACCAAUCGCUUUGUACAGCGAACAAAACAAUGAUCGAGAAAUUGCCGAUUUGAGAACCUCCCUGGAAACGUUGGGGGCGUACCCUAUAGUGGAUUUCAACGGGACCUUCUCCAGCCUCCUGGACAUGGAGAAUUUCGGCGCGUUCAGCCUAAGAGAUAGUCCCGUGUCGUUCGCUAAGAUAAUGGCGUAUUACAACAGCACGUAUACCCACAGUUUGCCGAUCAUCAUCAACUUGUUGGAUAAUAGUAUUUACAGAAUUAUAAUGCAGUCAACCGGUCUACUGGACAGCUGGAAACCGAUCGAGGUUCUGUCCCACCCGUUCCAGCAGACGGAGCAGCAGGAGGAGUUCAACCUGGGCAACGUGGUGUGCGCCAUAUUCAUGGGGAUGAUCUUCGCGCUGGUACCUGUAACCUUGGCCGUGGACAUUGUAUACGAUCGGGAGAUAAAAGCGAAGAACCAGCUUCGCGUCAACGGCCUUUCAAUGAGCAUGUACUUCCUCACGUACUUCACUAUUCUGAUCUUCAUCAUGAUCAUCACCAGCGCGGGGGUCCUCGUGUUGGUUAUGGUCAAUGACAUCCCCAGUCUCACCAAUGGCUCCGCCAUCAUCAUGCUCACUGGCCUCCUGCUGCUCUACAGCCCGUCGGCCAUUUUGUUUAACACCUGUCUGUCCUAUAUUUUCGACAAAAUGGACUCCGCGCAAAGCAUCAUGCCUAACAUCACCACUUGGGUGGGGGUGAUACCAUUCAUCUUGGUCGUCGUUUUGGAUACCUUCAAAUGGGGCAGUGACAUCGCCUUCUAUCUUCAUUUAGUGUUUAGUUUCCUGGACGUGAUGUACAUACCGUAUGCCAUCAUAUACUACGUCGACAGGGUAUACGUGACCUGCAACCUGCGAGGUCUGUGCACCACCCCCGCCCUCUCCAGCUACUUCACGGGCGAGGUGUGGGUACUCAUAGCGGCCAUGUUGUUACACGUGCCUGUUUGCGGCGCCGCGUUACUGGCGGCUGACAGGCUGAAGUCCGGAGGCAGGAUAUGUAAGCGUCCAAGGACCACGUCAGAAUCGAAGUGUGACCUGGAGGCGGAGGCGGGCGGGGAGGCCGGCGAGGAUGAAGACGUGAGGAGGGAGCGCCGGCGCAUCGCUGGCUUCCUCGCCAAACCAUCGCAGAACGCGCCCGUUCUUAUUGUUCAUAAUCUUCGGAAAGAGUACAAGGUACGGGGAACUGGUGACUCCGCCAGCCCAUGCUGCGGCGGCGCCCCGGAACAGAGGGCGAGGAAAGCCGGUCUCGCGAGGCUGUCCCUGGCCGUGCACGGGGGGGAAGUGUUCGGUCUUCUCGGCCAUAAUGGAGCGGGGAAGACCACGACUAUGAAAAUUAUUACGGCCGAAGAGAGGCCUACUAAUGGCGUGGUGAUGUUAGGAGGUCAGAACGUGGACGAAGCCCAAACUUCCGCCUUCCAGAUGUUGGGCUAUUGUCCUCAGCACGACGCUCUGUGGAAGAACGUCACGAUAAGGGAACAUAUCGAGUGUUACGCUGCUAUACGUGGUGUUAGCAAGAGCGAUACUCCAAGGAUAGUAGACGCGUACCUCAACGGUCUACAAAUAAUGGAGCACGCGGGCAAACACGCGGACGAGUGCUCCGGAGGUACGCGGAGGAAGUUGUCGUUCGCGCUGGCGAUGGUCGGCAACCCGAAGGUGGUGCUGCUGGACGAGCCGUCCACGGGGAUGGACCCGCGGAGCAAGCGGUUCUUGUGGGACACUAUCCUGGCUAGCUUCCAGGGUAAAAAAGGUGCUAUUCUGACGACACAUUCCAUGGAAGAAGCAGAUGCUUUGUGUUCCAGAGUGGGGAUCAUGGUUAAAGGUGGUCUAAGAUGUAUCGGUUCGACGCAACACUUGAAGAAUUUGUACGGUGCUGGUUACACGCUAGAAAUGAAAAUAGGACAAAGCAAUCAGAAGAUGAUGGACCCAGAGUCAAUGUCUCCUUCACCACUUCGCUCCACUGAGAACUCCCCGUCAUUGGGGGAGGUUGAUGAAGGUUCAGGAGUUGGGUCUGUGUGCGCUGAAGGGGAGGUGGAGGGGGAGGCUGUAGACGUCAGCAUCCACACGCCAUUGGUCGCCGGCACUCCACCUCCAAGACAACAUCAUCACAGAACGGAAUCAAGCGGUGGCGGUCCAAGCGCCGAAGCAGCCAUAGCCCUGGUGACCCAGAUCUUCCCCGCAGCAGUUCUAGAAGAGAACUUCGCUGAGAGGCUAGUGUUCUCUGUGCCGCAGUCUUCUGUGUCCAGCCUGGCGAGGUGUUUCCAGCAGAUUGAGGAUGCUAAAGAGAAGCUGAAUAUAGUGGAGUACAGCUUCAGCCAAACGACCCUGGAGCAGGUGUUCCUCAAGUUUGCGCAGACUGAGAGCGUCGAGACAUCGGAUCAGGAACAUUAAGGUGGUUCCACUCUGUUCAAAGAGGUACUUGAUUUUAAUAAGUAAAUUUUAAAAUACCACAAAUUGUGGGUAAGCAGUGUCUAGUUAUGAAAAUGUGUUAGUAACAAAUGACUUUACACGAAGCGAGUCUUGCCUAAUACCAAAUACCUAAACCUGUUGAAAGUCUGUCAUAAAUGCUUAUAAGUCGCCAAAACGGGUAAUUUUUUCCAUUUUGUAGGUAAGAGUUAAGACAAAUGGAUUAAUAUUCAAUAAAAAAGAGAAAAGACAGACGUAAAAAUGUUCUACUUACGUAUUUGACAGCUGCCAAAAUGGCUCCUUAUUUCUUGAUGAAUGUAGG